CGGUCCGACGACAACUGCGUUUGAGGUGAUGAACGACUUCUUCAGCUAUAAAUCAGGAGUCUACGAGCCGUCCAAAGAUGCAGAGUUUGUAGGAGGCCAUGCGGUGAAGUUGAUAGGGUGGGGCGUGGAAAAGAAAGUUCCGUACUGGUUGAUUAUGAACUCGUGGAACGAAUACUGGGGCGAUCACGGGCUGGUCAAGAUGAGACGAAAUCAUCCAGGAAUCAAACUGGAGGAAGAAUGUUGGGCUGCAGUGCCCGAUACGAAAAGAGGCCACAGUCACAACCUCGACAAGGAUUACGAAAAUCUGUAAGGUGUACCGUUGGUUUAAGAGGAAGGCAGUGUGCCUUUAUAGGGGCUGAGUUGAUUCUUAUGGUCAAUAAUGGUAUAGAAAGACACCUGGAGAUAUUUUGGCUCUGUUUAUUUUGAAUACUUUGUGGAAAUGCUAAUUACUCACGUUCGCAAUUUUUUUUUUAACAAAUUUAACAACGGCGGAGAUACUCUGAAAAAAAAGUUCGAGAGUAGGAGCCGAGGGUUUGGUGUUCCAUAUUGUCAAACUAUUCGGUUCCUAAAAUCGAACUUAGGAUUCGUCAACCCGAAAAUUCGGUUGAAGAGAUCGAAUUUCUCGAUUGAGCCAAAGUGUUAGAAAAAAAUCAGUCACAUGCUCAUUUCGUUGAUUUUUAUAUUUUACAUGUUCUUUAAUUUGAUUUCUAUUAUAAAAAUGACCAUGCUGCAUUUCA